AUGAAUCUAUUGCCAUCAAAAGAAUGGUCAAAUAUGAGAAUGCUUGAAGAGCUCAGUUCAAAUUAUCAUUUUGCCGGAGUUGAUACAACAAAGGACAAAAUCAAGAAAGUUUUAUCAAUUUUCUGGAAUGAAAAGAUGAAUUGUUCUGACACAUGCAAUACUUCAAAAGAAAGAGCAAAGGCAAUGCAAUCAAAAGAAAUACUGAAAAAGAGCCCAGUGCAAAUAGCGUAUCAAGAGUUCCUCCAACCUGAAGAUAAUCAAAAUGAUGACAUCAAUAAAAAUGAAAACUAUUCAAAUAAUAGUAAUUCUAAUGUUGCAGGAUUACCAAAAUCAAAGAAAAGAAAACGCAUCAGAACUACAGAUCUGCGUGCUGCUGGUUGGGAGAACAAAGUUAGGAUAUUAAAUGAAUACUUUGGUACGAAAAGUGUUUUAAAUCUAACGAAAUCAUCAAUCAUACCCAAACGUCUGAAGUCUUCGGUUGAUGACAUUUGUAAGCACUAUCGCCUAGUAUUGCCCACACUGUUGAAGAAUAAAGAAUAUAGAGCUUUAAAAUAUAUUAGUAAAUGUCAUACAAAAGAAGAUCUAUACCAAUCUGUUAAGGAAAUUGAUCCUUUUUGUGAUGAGUCUGAACUUCCCUUCAUAAAAUUAGCUAUACAAAAGCUAUGCUACCUAUGGCACCAUAAUAUAUUAAAAGGUGACCAUAACGAAGAUUGGUACCGAGUAAAUGUUUACGGUGACCUGUUUGAUCUUAUUUUCUGUGGACAAACAGGCUAUGAAACUAAAAGGGCGGAGUGUCAUUCUCAUAUCGUAAAAUCACUAAGGGCAAUGGUGUUAUAGAACAAGCUCUGGAUAU